UCUAAAAUCAUCCUCUUUCGUAAUCCAUCACACAAAUCUCCAAGCCAAAGCUCUCCACAAACACCAACAAAAACAAACUCCUACUGCACCUCAACAUCCAUCAUCUACAUCGCCAUGGCAACGCAAGCAGGCCUCUUCACCCCCACAAUCAGCACCCCGAAAUCCCUGGUGCCAUGGAAGCCAUCCUCGUCAUUUUCAUUCGCUACCCCCAAGUCCCUCAACCUCUCCAUGGCUCACAGUACCAUUAGGGCUGCAGCUGCAGACCAGGAGGCUGCCACGAAGGAAGAAGCUCCCGUGGGCUUCACCCCUCCCGAAUUGGACCCAAACACUCCAUCACCCAUUUUUUCAGGAAGCACGGGAGGGCUGCUAAGAAAGGCCCAGGUUGAAGAAUUCUACGUCAUCACAUGGGAUUCACCCAGAGAACAAAUCUUUGAAAUGCCAACUGGAGGCGCAGCCAUCAUGAGGCAAGGACCUAACUUGCUCAAGUUGGCCAGGAAAGAGCAGUGCUUGGCGCUCGGUACCAGACUGAGGUCUAAGUACAAGAUCAACUACCAGUUUUACAGGGUUUUCCCCAAUGGCGAGGUUCAAUAUCUUCACCCCAAAGAUGGAGUUUAUCCUGAGAAAGUGAACCCUGGUCGUCAAGGAGUGGGGCAGAACUUCAGAUCAAUUGGGAAGAAUGUGAGUCCCAUUGAGGUUAAGUUCACCGGGAAACAAGUUUAUGACUUGUAAGAGACACUUGGAAGAGUGCUUAGUGGGAGAGAUGAUGAUGUAACCAUGAUUAAGUGAUUAUAAAUGUUUCUGUUAAUUGUUUCAUGUACUUCCUUUUCACCUUUAUCCCCUGGCCAUUCGCCUCUUGUAAUUCAUGCAUUUUCUAAGGCUUAUGAAAUGUUUGGACAA